AAAGUCAAAAUUCACGUUUUAAAUUCAAAAUCUUACCGCCUAUCCCGACUAGAAAAAUAAACCCGUAAAGAUACAUAGCGAGGUGACUUAACGAACUGCUGAAGCCCUGGGAGAAUCAGUUCUCUUUUAAAGAUCCCAUUAGACGACUAAUUGAUUAAGAGGUUCAAAUUUCCCCCAAGCUAAUGACCGUUCUGACCCAAUUACCCAAAUCGAUCGAUUAGUGUUUAUAAAAAAAAAAUUAACAAAAAAUAUAUUACGUCGUUCAACAUCGUAUCCCAAAUUCCUCAUUCCCAUUCGACCCAGCUUAUCAAAAUCACAUUCCUAUUGGAGCAUCAACGUUAUCAUCCUCAUUAGUACCAAAAACGUGAUCAAUAGUUUGUUAAAAAAUUUUCAAAAAUUUUUUGAAACCUCACUAUCGAUCAAUUUUGUUAUAUACACGAUAUCAAUAUUAUCAGUUCACUUGCUCCUACGUUAACUUCAGGUAAUACCACAUAGAAGUAAAUCAUUAUCAGCGAUACCAACCAGAAACUAAAUAACAUUCUAGGUAGCCAUUCGACCAUUAGCUAAGAUUCUUGAUAGGUUUGCUCUAUCGAUUUCUACUUGGUUACUACGUUGGUACUUGGACCAAUAGCUUGUGGACUAUCAGGCAGCAUCCCUAGGACCGUUUACAGCUACAGGGACGGCCAGCCAGCUUCAUCCCCGAGAGCUACCAGUUCCAGGACUCCACCCAGGAGAACUUGGCGAAUUGACUGGGAUUCAGAAUUCAGGAUCCUGAAUUUACUUCAGGAUGCAACUACCUCAGCAACUGCUUGCAGGGAUAACAAGAGAAACUGUGGCUAUACAUAAGGAACAGUGAUUGAUUAAGGUCUAUCCUUAAUCUAACCAAUAUCGCAGUAAUUGUCCAAUCAUAUAGCAAUCGUCGAUUCCACGUGGUCUUAUUGCUGGAUUUCAAAAUAAUAACAAGCAACAGUCUGUAAUAAUGAUAAAAUAUUUUUUCAUAAAUUUUCAUAAUACAAAAAUUCGCUAAUAAAGUCCCAAUGAAACGAUCGAGGUUUACCUGUUGUAAACUGGCCUUGAUGAUAUAUUAGAAUUGUAAUUACUGAUAAGAUACACUGAUAAGAGUGUCGGAGCAUUUAAUUCGUCCUUAUCGUAUUAUUCGCUUCACGAAUAAUCCAGCCAAUCGAUAUCGAUUGAAAAAUUGUAGUAGUACGGAAAUUUUAGAACGAUAUCCAAAAGUGAUUAGACUGAUUAGAAAUCCAAAAUCUGAUUGGAUCGAUGUAAUAGGAUUUAUAUAUACAUACGGGCGUAUACGUUAAAUUAGACAGACACGUGGCUAGUGCAUUUUCAUUCAUCCGGAGCAUCGUGUAAUUAAAAUCGGAUCUCCGGCCUUGAUGAUUAACCCUUUAUUUAAUCGGCUAUCGUUAUUAAAAUAAUCGGUGAUAACUAAUAGAUAACUGAUAAAGAGUGUAUUUCGUAUCCGGGCUUUUAGUCGUUCCGCUAAUUUGACUUUAACAAUGUGGACGUAUCCCGUGCUCUGCUGUUACCUGCUGUUAUCAUGCGUCGUUAGGAUUUUAGACACAUCACAGACCGAUAGCAGAAUAGUCGGCGGUACAGAUACGACAAUCGAUAAAGUACCGUAUCAAAUCCAACUAUUGGUAUCCGGUAGAUUCUUCUGCGGCGGAUCCAUCAUAUCGGAAUAUUGGAUUCUAACAGCAGCCCAUUGUGUACUGGGUAACACCGCCUUCAUAACUAUACGUACUGGUACCUCGUUAAGAAACAUUGGCGGCACUGUGCAUACAGUGGACACCGUAAUACAUCACAAUUCCUAUGAUACCGAAGUAUACGACUAUGACAUAGCAGUGAUAAAGCUGGUGGAGCCAAUAGAAUUCGAUGAGAUUCGUCAACCCGUAUUGUUACCUGAUCGGGACUUUGAGGUCAACGAUAACGAACUCCUACAGAUAUCGGGCUGGGGUCGUUUGGAGUAUUUAGGAGCCUCAACGUUGCAACUGCAAGUCGCCUACGUUCCUACUGUCAGCACCGUUUCCUGCCUGAAUGCUUAUGGAAAUCUAAAGAACGUAACCGAUCGAAUGCUCUGCGCCGGAUUCUUGGACACUGGUGGAAUCGAUGCGUGCUCAGGAGAUUCGGGUGGUCCAGCCGUGUACAGAGAUAAGCUGGGACUACAACUUUCACCUAGAGUCAUCUCGCGCGGCGCAUCACAGCUUCCCAAUGUCUCUCAAGAGCCAUCUCGUGUAAUGGAAAGCCGCUCCGAGGCUUCUCAAAGAAAUGGAAAUAACUGUCUCUCUUUUUAUUUCCUUCGAAUCGAGUUCAUCGAAUAUACAUCAGACCCGAAUGAGACAUCUGCCGGCACGAGGAAAAACUGCAAAAUUAAAAAAUCUCUAUUCGCCCUUAUCUGAAAAAUUACACGUAAACGACGUCAUCAUCGAUAAC